AUGAGCGAAGAAAACCUUUCGAGUCAAAGCUCCUCACAAAACACAAAUUCUGACGAUAGUUCGUCUUCUUCAAAUGAUUCUCAGAUUUUGGAACAAGAAGAGAAAAAAGAAGAUAGUAGUGACGGAACGAGCGAAAACAGUAUUGACGAAAAUGACGAAACAAACAAAAAAUCUGCCGAAACGUCAACACCUCACGGCGAUUCAAGCGAUUCAGCUUCGGAAAACUCAACAGAGCGAUCUCCCGAAAAAUCAGCAGAAAAACCCGAAGAUUCAAAAGAAAUUAAAAAGUCGUCAACCCCUGAAGAAAGAGAAAUAAUAAAACAAGAGCGUAAGAAGAGGCAACUCCUACGGACUGCAGAACGUCAAAAGCAGAUAUAUACCCCAGUCUACCCCAAAUAUUUAAUAUCAAAACUUGCAGAACACAAGGAUGAGAUCCUUGCUAAAGAAGCCAAACGUGCGGAGCUUAAGGCACAACGAGCCAGCGAGCGGAAGGAGCGAGACGAUCUUGAAAAGAAACGAAAGAAAGUUCAACCCGAGGAAACCGAAACAGAUGGCAAAAAGCCAAAAUACGAGAAAGACGAGAGAGUCCCGAAAAAACCAACCAAGCGCGAAGACUACAAAAAAUCUGACUUUAAACCUUCUUAUAAUGAUAGGAAGAGUGACUUCAAAGAAAGAGGUGGUUACAAAGAAAAAGCUCCAAACAAAGAGCACUAUGACACUAAGCCUAAAAAGGAGAGAAAGGUCAUUAAAUUUUGA